CCACCUAAGAGCAAGUUUUACAUGCUCUCCAUUCUUCACUUGUUUCAGGGAAAGGAGACGUGGAGGCAGAACAUCCAAGGGAACAUUUCGAAACCUCCAGUCUUACAUUUAAAUGUGGAUGAAUGUAGCCUGGCACAACUUUGCAGGGUUGUUGCUGUCUUUAAAAACUCGUGACUGAAUCAUUUCAAAGAAAAAAACUCAAAUCAUUUCUCAUCAUGAAGAACCACUUGGCACUUUUAUUCCUCAUGUCUUCUUUGGUUGCAAAUGCGUACAGUGUCAUGAAAGUCACAGAGCAGGGGAAGAACAAAUGUGAUGAAAAUACCUUUUUUACCACAAAAACCGAAUGCCAUCCUUGUUCUCUGAAUUUUGAUAUUCAGUGUCCUGAAGGUUUUACCAGAACAGCGAAUGGUUCUGGAACGCAGGACUGCAGGCUUGGUGUUCAGAUCAAGGGGGGGUCUACUAUCGCCCUCCUGGGAUGUCAGCAUACAUGUGUGAAGGAAUAUCAGCAACCUCAGUGUUGCCAAGGUUAUUGGGGACCAGACUGCCUAGAAUGUCCAGGCGGAGUGGGAUCACCCUGCAAUAACAGAGGCCAUUGCUCUCAGGGCAUUACUGGGAACGGAAUCUGUACCUGCCAGAAAGGAUUUUCUGGAGUUGCUUGUGAAACAUGGGAUAAAGAUCUGUUUGGACCUCGCAGUAUGUCAGCCAUCAACCCAUGUUUGGAACAGGUCUGUGAUCCCCAUGCUGAGUGCACCUACUUUGGACCCAGUCGUCAUACAUGCACAUGCCAGAAUGGCUUUCAAGGAGAUGGCCACAUUUGCACUCCAAUAGAUCCUUGCCAAACAAAAUCUGUACAUUGUCCUACAGAGUCCACUGUCUGUAAAUAUGAUGGUCCUGGAAAGGCCCACUGUCAAUGCACAGAACAUUUCAGCAACUUUGUACAUGGAGAAGGAUGCCACGUGACAGACAUCUGUGCAUCUAACAAUCCCUGCCAUAAAUAUGCAACGUGUACAAUGAUUGCACCAGGAAAGACUCAGUGUGCUUGCCGAAAGGGGUAUGGAGGCAAUGGAUUUGUAUGUUACAGAAAUAUCAUGGACCAAAUCAGAGACAUGAACUCUAAGGCUGGAGGACAGUGGCAAGGAAAACUAACAGCUGCUAUACAGCUCUUUGAAUAUGCCUAUGCACAUCAGCUGAGUACACAGGGACCGUUCACGGUGCUUGUUCCAACAGAUGAAGGUUUCAAAGGAAACAACACAGGUGCAAUUACAGUGCUGCUGACAGAUAUGUCAAAUCUAACUGUCUUUGUGCCUUCUCAACGAGCAAUUGAAGACAUGGACCAAGAUGAGAAAGCUGUUCGUAUGUCAAGAAACAACAUCCCAGCCCUAAUGAAGUAUCAUAUAUUAGAUGGAGCUUACACAGUUGAUGACCUCCAGAACGUAUCUUUGUCUGACGAUCUGCAUGAUGGCAUUCUCCCACCAUCGAGAGGAAAUGGCAACCUCUUUGCUGGAGCAAACAUUGUCACUGGUGAUAUUGUAGCCACAAAUGGAAUUAUACACAUUAUUGAUAAGGUUCUUGCACCCCACAGAGGAGUGAGAUCCAUACCACCAAGACUUCUUGUCCGUUUAGCACAGAUGCCAGACUACUCCAUUUUCAUGGGAUAUAUUAUUCAAUAUAAAUUGGCAAGCGAAAUAGAAGCAGCUGGUACUUAUACCAUUUUUGCCCCGGACGACUAUGCCAUUAAAAGUUACCUCAAGAGUAAACAGAUGACCUCUCUGGAUGAAGACCAAAUCCGGUUCCAUGUUCUUCUAGAGGAAAAGCUCUUCAAGAAUGACUUGCAUAAUGGGAUGUUCAGGGACACCAUGCUUGGAUUUUCAUUUAGAGUAGGAUUUUUCAUCCAUAAUGCUCAGCUCUAUGUAAAUGAAGCACCUAUAAAUUAUCCAAAUGUUGCAACUGAGAAAGGAAUAAUCCAUGGACUGGGAAAAGUGAUGGAAAUCAAGAAGAACCGAUGUGAUACCAAUGAUACAGUGAUAAUAACUAGAAGCUGUUUGCCCUGUAUAUUCACCCGCGGCUGUCCUCUUGGAACUACAGUGGUGGAAGGGAGCAAACAAAUCUGCCUCUACUACAAACCUUUAGCGCGCUUAUUGGAAAAAGGAUGCCGCGUACAAUGUGCUAAGACUGUAAUUACCAGAGAAUGUUGUGCAGGUUUCUAUGGGGCACAGUGUGAGCCUUGUCCACAAGUAGCUGGAAAUAUUUGCUUUGGGAAUGGAAUUUGCUUGGAUGGCAUCAAUGGCACAGGCUUUUGUGAGUGUGAAGUGGGCUUCAAAGGACUGGCCUGUGAUAGCUGCAUUGACGGCAAAUAUGGCAUCAACUGUGACCAAGACUGUGUCUGCAUCCAUGGGAAGUGCAGCAGUGGCAUAAAAGGGGAUGGCUCUUGUGAAUGUGAUGUUGGCUGGAGAGGUGUGAAAUGUGAUACAGAAAUCAAAGAUGAUAGCUGCAACAAUACUUGUCACACCAGCGCUAACUGCCUUCUCAGUCCUAAAGGGAUAUCAUACUGCAAAUGUGCUUCUGGCUUUAAAGGGAAUGGCACACAUUGUACAGCCAUUGACGCAUGUGAAAUCAGCAAUGGAGGUUGUUCCAAAGAAGCAGAAUGUAGACGAACCACUCCAGGAAACAGAGUGUGUGUUUGCAAAACAGGUUACACUGGAGAUGGAAUAGUCUGCCUUGAAAUUAACCCCUGCAUAACAAAUAAUGGUGGAUGUGACAAAAAUGCAGAAUGCACUCAUAUUGGACCCAAUCAGGCAGUAUGCAACUGUUUGAAAGGAUAUUCUGGAAAUGGCAGUUCAUGUGCUUACAUCAGUUUAUGUUCAAUUAAAAAUGGUGGUUGUGGGGAAAAUGCAUUUUGCAAUGAUACUGAAGUAACUGAAAGGACCUGUACAUGUAGACCCGGUUACAUUGGUGAUGGAUUUACUUGCAGAGGCAGCAUCAUCCAGGAACUUGAGACGGGUUUGAACAUUAGAAUUAAAUAUCUUCUUCGGGAUUCUGGUGUCCAAGCUUUAGAAGGGCCGGGCCCUUUCACUGUUUUUAUACCCCAAGAGAAAGCAAGUCAAUUGACAAUUUACGACUGGAUCACAAAAGGUGUGUUCCCCCAGAUCCUUCGCUACCAUAUAGUAGCCUGUAGCGCACUUCUCUACAACGAUCUGACAACUGAUAAAAACGUGACUACUCUCCAUGGAGAACAACUCAAGAUCACUUUCUCACAGAAUUCAGUAUUUUUAAAUGGCAAAACUAAGAUUUUAACUAGCGAUAUAAUAAGCACAAACGGAGUCAUACAUACCAUCGAAAACUGGCUGGUUCCACAGAAGAUUCAAGAUUUUCCAACUUCUAAGCCAAAAACUGAGAGGGAAAGUCUCAAAAUGGUUGCAGCAAAAAAUGGCUACAUCAUGUUUGCAAAUUUGCUAGAGAGCGCUGGCUUGUUUAGCUUCCUCAAUGAUCCUGCUCACCAACCAGUCACCUUGUUCUGGCCCACUGACAAAGCCAUCAGAGCUCUGCCUGCAGAACAGCAGGAUUUUCUAUUUAAGAUGUCGAACAAAGAGAAAUUGCAGCAGAACCUGAAAAUCCACAUCAUUAGAGAUGUCAAGAUUUUAGCCUAUGCCCUCCCUACGUCCAGUUUACUGACAACAGUUCAAGGCUUUGAUCUCAGUGUGACGUGUGGUAAUAAUAACAAUGAAAUUGGUGAAUUGUAUAUCAAUGAUAAGAGCUGUAAGAUAGUGCAAAGGUAUCUGGAGUUUGACGGUGGCGUUGCUUAUGGGAUUGACUGCUUGCUAACAGAUCCUAACCUUGGAAGUCGCUGUGACACUUUCCUUAGUCAUGAUAUUUUGGGUGAGUGUGGUAGUUGUUUCAGAACUCUAACAUGUCCUGAUGGAACUAAAUUAAAGCAGCCGUACCCAUGUACUUAUAAAAGCUAUGGAAAACUCCACGAAGGCUGUCAGAGGAACUGCUCUGUGUCUAUCAGGGUGCCACAAUGCUGCAAGGGCUAUUUUGGGAAUGACUGUCAAGCCUGCCCAGGAGGGUCAGAAGCUCCAUGUAGCAGCCGUGGGUCAUGUGAUGAGGGAUAUUCUGGUACAGGACUGUGUACCUGUUACGGUGGCUUCAAUGGGACUUCAUGUGAGCUUUGUAUGCCCGGAAGAUAUGGCUCAGAUUGCAGAUUCUGCCAAUGCACAGAGCAUGGACAAUGCGAUGAGGGGAUUUCUGGAUCAGGACUAUGUGUCUGUGAAACUGGAUGGACAGGGAAGUUAUGCGAAACCAAAUUAGAUGCAGUGCCAGAGUGUUCACCCAGCUGUUCCGUUAAUGCUGUGUGCCAGGCCCAAAACAUCUGCCAAUGUAAACUAUAUUAUACUGGGGAUGGAAUCACUUGCUCAGCUAUAAACUUUUGUAAGGUAUCCAAUGGUGGCUGUCACAAGAAUGCAAGAUGCACUCAAUCUGGUGUGAAUGUCAAUUGCACAUGUCAGAAAGGAUACAAAGGAGAUGGCCACAUCUGCACCGCUGUUAACCCUUGCACAGAUGGGCUCAAUGGUGGUUGCCAUGAACAUGCUAUCUGUACAAAAACGGGGCCUGGUAAGCGCAAAUGUGAAUGCAAAGAUAACUACAUUGGGGAUGGAAUCGACUGUGAAGUGAAACAGCAACGAGGGAACCGAUGUUUGCAAGAUCAUGGACAAUGCCAUGCUGAUGCUGAUUGUGUAGAUCUUCAUUUUGAGGAUGCAAGAGUUGGGGUAUUUCACAUACGUUCUCCAUUGGGACAGUAUAAACUGACUUACGACGAAGCAAAUAAAACCUGUGCAGAUGAAGGAGCAACACUAGCUACAUACACUCAGCUCUUAUAUGCCCAGAAGGCAAAGUACCACUUAUGUGCAGCUGGCUGGUUACAGAAUAGGAGAGUAGGCUAUCCAACGGCCUUUUCUGCCCCUAAUUGCGGUGGAGGACUGGUUGGGAUUGUUGACUAUGGAAUCAAAGUCAACCAGAGUGAAAGAUGGGAUGCCUUCUGCUACAGAGUCAAAGAUGUUAAUUGCACUUGCAAAAUUGGCUAUGUGGGUGAUGGAUUUACAUGUACUGGAAACCUGCUUCAAGUCCUUGUGUCUAUUCCAACAUUUGCAAACUUUGCCUCGAAGGUCCAUACUUAUUCAAAUACCUCAAGAAAAGGUCAAGAAUUCUUGAAAUACCUCACAAAUUUGUCAAUUAAGGCUACAUUGUUUGUGCCAGACAAUGAUGGGCUGAAGAAAAAUGAGACACUUUCUGGAAGAGACAUUGAGUACCAUUUGUCCAACGUUAGCAUGUUGUUCUAUGAAGACCUGACCAAUGGAACUACCCUUCAAACCAGAAUAGGGAAAAAGCUUUUAAUUAUACAUGGUGAAAACCAAGAAAAUCAGGCCUCAGUUGCCAAAAAGAGGGCAAUGAAGUAUGUGGAUGGCAGAGCUAUCCUUGGAUGGGACAUUGUCGCUUCCAAUGGGAUCAUCCAUGUCAUUGCAGCACCUCUGAAGGCUCCUCCUCUGCCCCCUGCAUUCUUACAUCUUGGAACAGGAAUAUUCUUUGUAGUUCUGCUCCUCAUUGGAAUCAUUGGCCUUAUCGGAUAUGCAUACUUCAGAUUUAAGCGAGGCGAUAUUCACUUCCAGCGUUUCAAGCAAAACAAUGAUAUUGACGUAACUACGCUGGACAGAGCCAGAACUUCAAACAUCACAAACAUUAACUAUGAAGGUUCAACAGUUUCACCUCCAGUUCUUCCUUAUGAUCAAUUUUCAGAUUCUGAUGUACAGGAGCUGGUGACCGAUGACCCCCCUGCAAAGUUGUGAUGACUUCAUCAGAAUGAAUGUGUUUGAAUGUGAACUACAAAGCACUAAAGAGGAACUUUCGCUCCAAAAUGAGGAGCCUUUCAAAACUAUGGAGAAAGGCUUUGUUUCCCUAAAAACAUAUUUUGCUGCUUUUAUUAUACCGUGACUGCUUUCCCCAAGUUCAAACUGUUCUUCAGGAUUGCUAUUCGUUCUUACCUUUUGGAUAAGGGGUUCUGAAUAUAGAGUUCUAUGGUGGAGAAGUAAUUACAAUCAUAUUUUAAUUAUCUUUUUACCUAAAAUAAAAACCUACAGUGUGACCCAGAUUUAUUUAGUUUUGCCGAUAUCCUCCCACCUGCACAUACUAGAAACAUUACUAAACCCUGGUUUUUUUUUCUUUGUAUAUGAUGGAGUUUUGAAAGCCAAAAGCCACACAUUAAAUUCCUAUGGAAUGCCAAGCUGUAUAUAUUAUGAGCCCAAUUUCACUUUCUCUGUUUAUCAAGUGCUUCUCCUGCUGUAAUGAACAUCAUGUAUUAUGACUCUGAUACCACUUAAGUCAAAAGAGUAGUCGAUACAUUUUAUUAUGGUGUAAAUUCCAUGACAUGAAAAUUUUCAUAUAAAAAAGUAUGUGCUUUUUUUUGCUUAACAA